AUGGCUUUGAUUCAUGAGGAGAACCUUGGCCCAACAACUCAACUAGCCUCAAGACAUAAAAGAUCAAUUUACUGUAGGGCUGUACGGGCUAUGAAUGAAACACUGAAGCAAAAUCGUCUAUUGAGAGAACGAGGGGAUGAUAACUCGAUCCCCCAUUCUCAGAACAAUAUUAGUAGUGAUGCAAAUCUUCAGAAAAAUGUGUCAAAUUUCCAACUUGAUGGUCAUGAUGCCCUAUAUUCUCAUCUGCAUGACCAAUUAAAUUCACAAAAAGCAAUGUCAUUACCAUCUUCACCACAUGAUUAUAGAGGUCAGGCUUCGGAGAGAAGUGGACCGUCGAGAUACGGAGUGAAUGAUGAAAUGGAGUCAACUUGGAAUAAAGUACUGGAAUCUCCAAUGUUCAAUAAUAAACCUCUAUUACCGUAUGAAAAAUGGAAUAUUGACUUCUCUGAAUUGACUGUUGGAACUCGAGUAGGGAUUGGUUUCUUUGGAGAAGUUUUCCGUGGCAUAUGGAAUGGCACAGAUGUUGCAAUCAAGGUUUUUCUAGAGCAAGAUUUAACUGCUGAAAAUAUGGAAGAUUUUUGCAAUGAGAUAUCUAUUCUGAGCCGACUCCGACAUCCUAAUGAUAUAGUAAUCGAUGGAAGUGAAUCUGAAUUGUUUUCUUUUAUUGUUUCAAACAGAUCUGUUAUUUAUUUAGUGAUGAAAUUAUAUGCAGUUAUCUUGUUUCUCGGUGCAUGCACAAAGCCUCCACGCUUGUCAAUGGUUACAGAAUAUAUGGAAUUGGGAUCGUUGUAUUACUUGAUACAUUUGAGCGGUCAAAAGAAAAAGCUUAAUUGGCGGAGAAGAAUAAGGAUGAUACGUGACAUAUGCAAGGGUUUGAUGUGCAUACAUCGAAUGAAGAUUGUUCACCGUGAUCUGAAAAGCGCAAAUUGCCUGGUGAAUAAGCAUUGGACUGUGAAAAUAUGUGAUUUUGGGCUUUCAAGAAUAAUGACAGAAUAUCCAAUGAGAGAUUCUUCCUCGGCUGGAACUCCAGAAUGGAUGGCACCUGAGCUCAUUCGAAACGAACCAUUCACAGAAAAAUGUGAUAUCUUUAGCCUUGGGGUGAUAAUGUGGGAACUCUGCACCUUGAGCAGACCAUGGGAUGGAGUACCAGCUGAGAGGGUAGAACAUUCAACACGUCUGUACAUGUUGCGUGAUAGUUUCUAUAUCAGUCACGUGCUUCAUUCUAAAAUUUCCUUUUUUUUCUCUGCUCACCAGGUGGUUUAUUCCGUUGCACAUGAGGCUUCCAGAUUGGAAAUACCAGAAGGCCCUCUAGGAAGGCUGAUUUCAGGUCAGCAACUUUCCUUUAUUGUUGGGCAGAAUCUCACGAGAGGCCAAGUUGUCAGGAAAUUCUUUCCCGUUUGGUGGACAUCGAGUACUCCUUGUGCUGAAGCAAUAUCUUUGUACAUAGAAAACUUUGGGUAG